UGUGAAAUUCUACCUCGCAGAAUUGGCCCUUGCAUUGGAUCAUCUUCACAGUUUGGGAAUUGUGUAUAGAGACCUGAAGCCAGAAAACAUUUUACUUGAUGAAGCAGGACAUAUCAAGUUAACAGACUUCGGUUUAAGCAAGGAAUCAGUGGAUCAUGAGAAAAAAGCCUACUCAUUUUGUGGGACAGUAGAGUAUAUGGCUCCAGAAGUAGUGAACAGAAGGGGCCACACACAGAGUGCAGAUUGGUGGUCAUUUGGUGUUCUUAUGUUUGAAAUGCUCACGGGUACUUUGCCAUUCCAAGGUAAAGAUCGAAAUGAAACCAUGAAUAUGAUACUCAAAUCAAAACUUGGAAUGCCACAAUUUUUAAGUCCAGAAGCUCAAAGUUUGCUGAGGAUGUUAUUUAAACGAAAUCCUUUAAAUAGAUUAGGUGCUGGUCUAGAUGGAGUAGAAGAGAUAAAGAGACAUCCUUUUUUUGCAACAAUUGACUGGAAUAAACUGUACAGACGGGAAAUCCAGCCCCCGUUUAAACCUGCAUCUGGAAAACCAGAGGACACCUUUUGCUUUGAUCCAGAGUUCACUGCUAAAACACCUAAAGACUCGCCAGGAGUUCCACCAAGUGCAAAUGCACAUCAGCUCUUCAAAGGUUUCAGCUUUGUAGCCCCGUCUUCAAUUGAAGAACAUAAGAUCUCUUCUCUUGCAAGCGUUUUGCCAAUUGUACAGUUUCAUAGAAACAGGGCUCAGGUUACUGACAUGUAUGAGCUUAAGGAGGACAUUGGUGUUGGGUCCUAUUCUGUGUGUAAGCGUUGCAUACACAGGGCCACAAACAUGGAGUUUGCUGUAAAGAUUAUUGACAAAAGUAAGAGAGAUCCAUCUGAGGAAAUAGAAAUUCUAAUGCGCUAUGGUCAGCAUCCUAAUAUAAUUACACUAAAAGAUGUGUAUGACGAUGAUGGGCGGUAUGUUUACCUCGUUACAGAACUGAUGAAGGGAGGAGAGCUUCUUGAUCGAAUACUUAGACAAAAAUACUUCUCUGAACGAGAGGCCAGUGCUGUGCUGUAUACGAUCACCAAAACUGUAGACUACCUGCACUGCCAAGGAGUGGUUCACCGUGACCUUAAACCUAGUAAUAUUUUAUAUAUGGAUGACUCCAACAAUGCUGAUUCUAUACGAAUAUGUGAUUUUGGGUUUGCCAAGCAGCUACGUGGAGAAAAUGGUUUGCUCCUUACACCAUGCUACACAGCCAAUUUUGUGGCUCCUGAGGUCCUUAUGAGACAGGGCUAUGACGCUGCCUGUGAUAUUUGGAGCUUGGGUGUCCUCCUGUAUACAAUGCUGGCUGGCUAUACGCCUUUUGCGAAUGGACCUAAUGAUACACCAGAAGAAAUCUUAAUGCGCAUAGGUAGUGGACACUUUUCGUUAAGUGGGGGAAACUGGGACACCGUUUCAGAUGCAGCAAAGGAUUUAUUAUCCCAUAUGCUUCAUGUUGAUCCGCAUCAGCGAUAUACAGCCGAGAAGGUAUUAAAGCAUUCCUGGAUUGCAUGCAGAGACCAGUUGCCUCAUUACCAGUUAAACAGACAAGAUGCACCUCAUCUUGUUAAGGGAGCAAUGGCUGCAACAUAUUCUGCACUAAAUCACAAGACUUUUCAGCCAGUUCUAGAGCCAGUUGCAGCCUCAAAUUUAGCUCAGAGGCGAAGUAUGAAAAAGCGAACCUCAACGGACUUAUAAAUAGAACAGCAUUGUGGCCAAAUUGAAUUUAUGGAAUUUCUCUGCCCAGCCUUUGGUUAGAAGGCAUUUUAGUUGCUAUUUAUAUUACUUGAAUAUUAUGCAUAUGACACAUCUUAUGGCGUUCAUUAUGUGCUUUUUUUUUUUAUUUAUUUUAUUUUAUUUUUUAAAAAAAAGAGAUGUUGACUGUGAUUUAAGUUAAAUAUCAGGGUACGUUUCUGGAAUGCCACAUUUCUGUGCACCAAAUAAUAUUCACUCCGUUGCUUUCAUAGUAUCUAUUGCAGCAAAGACCUGAAUUUCAUGUUCUGUAUUCACAUUUUUUUCCAUAUACUGCAACACGGUCAGGACCAUUAAUAGAUCAGUCUACAAAAAAGUGAGAUGUACACAUCCCUUUAUUCAGUGUGCUACAAAUUCUGUGACUGUGUGAAGAGGUGCCACAUGAAUUAUUCCCAUUGAAAGUGCAGCCUCCAUGUAUUUACUUCAUUAAAAAGUGGCCUUUCGUUAAUAUUCCAAAAUGAUCAACAUAAUGUAUUCAGUGUGGGAGAUUUUGCAUUGGUGAUUUAACAUUACAUUGUGGUAAUUUUUAUAGUCCUCAGUUUGUUUUUAAAUUGUUCCUAAGUUAAGGGACUUUAAUUGUCUGCUCCAUUAAAUCUGAUGCUGUAAGUCAAGGUUGCUGCAUAUGAAAUCUGUUGCCUAGCUUUCCCCUCCAGCAUUGAAAGUGUAUUCUAUAGAAUACAUUGCUGUGGAGUUGCUGUAUAUUAUAGUAAAUUAUCUUGGGUUGAACUGUAUAUAUUAAUAUGUUGUAUUAUGUUUGUACCUAUUGUACAAAUUUUUUGCUAUGUUUUGUUUGUUUUUAUUAUGUUUAAGGUACCAUACAAUAGUUUUUACCAAGUAGGGUAAAAUUUAUAUUUUUGUAGAACUAAAAAUCUAAAAACCAAAAUAAAAUCCAGGUAUCCGUUAUGACGGCAGGAACUUUUACUAAAGCUGAUGGAUUAAGAAAAUUGUGUCAGCAAUGGGAGUAUUUUAAAGGGACGUUCAUGGAUGUGAUGUAUUGGUAUUAAUAUGUCACUGCCAUUCCAUUAAGGAUAAACAUAAGCUGGGGGCAAAAACACAACCUAGUACAUAUACAUGUAAAGGUGUAAAAGUUUGCACACUUCAGUCUGCACACAGCUUGUUUUUUUUUUUUUUUUUUUUUUUUUUUUAAAUGCAGAAAGAAUUCUACAAAUAAGAACACCAAACAUUGCUGCUUUAGUUAAUGCUUAUUGGAUGUAAGUGAUCACCUCCAAGUCUCUCUAAAUACAAAUCGUAAAACAUCAAAUGAAACAAAGUAUGUGUACUAGGCUUAAACAGAACUUCAUUAGUUCAAUAUGCACAGUUACAUUUUGUUAACAAAAGGUGGUGGUGGCUAUUUGUUACUGUGUAUAUGUAGUUGCACUUCUGUGUGUGUUUUUAUAUUAAGCCUGUUUGUAGUUUGUAAACUCUCAUUUUCUGCCUUUAUCCAUACUGCCAAUUUUACCAUGUAACUGAAUUAUACUGCACACCAACCUUUUAACUCAUCUAUGAGGUGUACAAGUGGCAUACUGUUGUGAGCUGGUAAGGGUUUACUGCUAGAAAUUGAACAUUUCCAUGAUUGCAAAGCUCAGUUUUAAAUGAAGAUUUGGGGCAUUAUUUAUAUAUAUUUUUUUUUCUUUGUCGUUCACACCUUUUGCCACCAAUAAAAAGGAACUUAAAUAUUGAGUUGGAACUUAAAACGCACACAAUCUGCUACCAAUAUGGCAGGGAGCCAUAUGCAUGCUUUAAAUGACUGUAAUAUAUUGCGUGACAUCACCAGCACUCAACAAAUGCACGAGCGAAGGAUGCAUGUGCACACUGCUUACUGCCAUAUUAGUGUCAGGUUCUGUGCACUAUAAAAGUUAUCUCUAAAGCAUUUAAGUGAACGGUAUAAUGCAAUCAUGUACUGCAGUGCAUUUCAUAUUUGACCUUUAUAUCCCUUUGCGUGUUUAGUAAUUUCAGUAGGUAGGUACACUAUUAAGUUCACGAUCUGCGCAGCACGUGUUUCAAUGAAGAUUGGAUGGCUUGCAGAAUAAAUAUUGGUAGUAUCUGAAUUACGUAAUGUCACAAACUUGUCACUUGUUUCCUGCUAACAUGUAUAUAUGAAUGUUUAGGGGCCAAUUCUGUUAUUUAAAUUACUUGAAAGUUAUCAA